CGUGCGCGCCACUCGCGUUUCGAUCCCUCGCUCGCGCUCACAAUCACGUGUUCAUUGAUUGCCGAUAGCCCAAGCACGGCGUAAACUUUUCAGAACACGCGAUGGGAACGCGAAUGAUAAUACUAUGCGCGUGCCUCGCUGCCGCGAGCGCGACGCUAGAGGUGGUCAAUCAGUGGAACUUGAUGCAGUUCGACUUCCCACCUGACCCCGUGCUUUUGGAGAAGUUCCAGCCUGAGAACACUGUCCCCACCGGUCUGGAGAUCGGAUGGGAUAAGAUCUACCUGGGGAUCCCGCGCCUGAGGGCCGGCGUGCCCGCCACGUUAGCUUGGGUGCCGAGAAGCCUUCCCUCUGGCGUUAGCCCGGUCCUACAGGCAUACCCUGACUGGUCAUGGCACACCGCAGGCCGAGGGGACAUCAACUGCACGGGUCUGAUCUCGGUGUACCGCGUGCGAGCAGACCGCUGCAACCGCCUGUGGGUCCUGGAUGCCGGCGUCAUCACCAGCAUCGACGACUUCCGACGCGUCUGCCCGCCCAAGAUCCUCAUCUUUGACAUGGCUACUGAUCGAUUGGUGCGAAGCGUAUACUUCCCUCGAGAGCUGCUGCGGCCGGCCUCCCUGCUGACCAACAUCGUGUUGGACGACACGAGGGCGCAGUCCACGCGGCUGUCGGCCACAUGUGACAACAUAUUCGCGUACAUCAGUGACACCGUGGCUCCAGGAAUCAUCGUAUACGACGGUAGGCGCGACAACGCGUGGCGGGUGACCCACGCGUCCAUGUACCCCGACCCUGACCUGGGCGAGUACGACAUCGGCGGAGAGAAGUUCACCCUUAUGGACGGCAUCGUGGGCCUGGCCCACUCGCCUACGCAGGGCCUGCUAUAUUACCAACCCUUGGCCACAGACAGAGUAUUCAGUGUAUCAACAGCAGUAUUAGCUGCGGGCCCUCCCGCUGAAGGCACAGACCUGCCCGUGAAUCUCGUGGGCCGCAAGUCGUCCCAAGGGCUGGGCAUUGCAGUGGACCCACGAGACGACACCAUCAUCUUCAGUCCUAUCUCCGAGACUGCUAUUGCUGCCUGGAACCCAAUCACCAAUUCACACAAACUACUGGCCAUCGACCCCGAAAAGCUUCAGUUCUGUGCGGAGGUGAGGUGGGCGGAGCGAGACAACGGAGCUGUGUGGGCACUAUCCACUCGUUUCCACAAGUUCUUCCGACGUGCUGUUUCUAAACAUGAGAUCAACAUUCGUGUUGUCCGCAUCCCUGAAAGCGGAUUCGCGUCCCUUCAACCGCACAUCCUGAGGAGAGCCGCUCGUCAAUUCAAUGCUACCCGCUACUAAAGGGUGUCGUAACAACAGUACUGAGAGGUCAAUAACGUUAUAAUUACAGAUAAAAAACCUGCCACGUUUUCGGCCAGUGUUCCAUAGAUAUGGUUGUGUUUAAGGAAUUUAAAAAUAAUAUUAAUCCUCUUUGAACCUGUUGAAAAUACCCCUCUGACAUUAUGGUUCUGUAAGACAUAUAACACCCGUAUUCACAAACAUUACUUUGAGGCCUCAUAGUGCGCGUGGACGCACAGGGUCCCAAAAACCUAUUCAUAGACGAUACUUCAGUGGUGACAAGCACUAUGCGUCCCUUAGAAUGAACGCAAAGCUAAGGUAGACAGGGAGCUGUGGGUC